AUGGAGGUGUUGGAAAAAAAUUGUCGUUGAAAAAAGUGCUGGUCUAGAAUUUUGCGUUAAACGCUGUGAGCAAAUGUGUUUCACUGCGAAUAUGUCAAAGGUCGGCCAUGAAGUGCACGAAACACGAGACACAAAUGACUUCAACAUAUGAAAGCAACAUCAACCACAAUAACAACAAGACGUUAAAUUGCACACCAGUUGUAAUUAAGUUUAGUAGUUAGAAACCCAGAACAACCAAUAUAUAUAUACAUAUAUUAGAUACACAAUCAUAAACGGUAAACUAAGACGAAGCGCGAGAGUGGAGAGAGAGAAAAGGAGCAGCCAGAAGAAGAGAUCCGUUCAGAUAAUCAGUGGCCAGAGUCAACACACCAUUCAUCCCCGCGGUGCAGCAGAACAACUUCUCUGGGCCAGACAUUGCUUCCUUCCUUCCUUACUUCCCUCCUUCCUCCCAACUCGAACGCGCAGAGAGCAAGCAGCAUCAAAAUUAAGCCAAUCGACGAGCAAACCUGAAAACGCAGCGGCGUCGCGUCGUCAUCCAUCGGUCGACGUGUAACGGACAUUUUUGUGUGCGCUGCGUUUCAAAAAUCUGAUGGAUGGAAAUGCACAAAAUAUGUUUCACGGAAAUCAUCAAGGAGAUCCCUAUUACCGUUACGAUGCGGCAGCCGCCGCAGCAGCAGCCGCCGCGGCAAACCCUCGGGCAAUGGGGCCGCCCGGCGGCUAUCCGCCACGCCACCGCGCUCCACACCCGCUACAGCAACAGCCCCAAUAUCCAUCGUACCAGCCAACGGCGGAGAAUCUCUACGGGCUGGGGGCCGCCGAUCAUCAAGCGGCCAUGGGCGUUGGACUCGGUGUAGGCGUCGGCGUUGGAGCCGGAAUGGGUGAUCUAAGCGGUUGGGGUGCAGCGCCCUCAGUUCCGGGACAAGCGGCAGCCUAUCCUGGCGCAGGAUUGGGUGCCUAUGGCCAUCCGCAGGCAGCACCGCCGGCGCAGCAGCAGCGCCAGCAGAGCCAGGCCAGCGCGUAUAGGCAACACAUGCCCGCGUACGGACAGCAGGAACAGCAGAAGCUGGUGGCGCCCUACGGAGCACAGCAGAGCAUGAUGGCCGGCUACGGAUCGCAGCAACAGCAGGUCCAGCCGCCCACGCCCCAGCAGCAGCAGGCACAGCAAGUCCAGGCGCAGCAGGUGCAGGCACAGCAACAGGCGCAGCAGCAACAGCAGCAGCAGCAGAGUCAGCAGCAGGCUCGGCUGCCGCAGCAUUAUCCGCAAGCACCUGGCCAGCAUCCCCUGUAUCCUGGUGUAGUGGGAGCACCCACUGUCCAGGCAGGACAGCCUCCGACAGUGCCCCAGGCCUACGCUCACAGCCCCUACGGAAGUCCAAUGCAACACCAGCCAGGACGGGGAGCGCCGCAGCACGUGGGCUAUGGCCACACGGGCCUGGAUCAGGCCUCGGCCUACGGGCAGCAUGUACCGGGAGGAGCGCCGCCGGGCCAUCAUUUGACUGCGCAGCAGCAGCAGGCUGCGCAGCAAUUGGGAGCUCACCAGCAGCAGCAGCAACUCCAGUCGCAGCAACAGCAGGCGCAGCAGCAGCAGCAGCCGCACGUCUCGCUGAUGCAGCAACAGCAACAACUGCCGAGUGCCGUGCUGCCCCCACCGCACAUGGGAAUGCCUCCUAGCUACGGCAGCCACCACCAGCAGCAGCAACAGCAGCAGCAAGUCCAGCAACAGCAGCAGCAGUCGCAGCAAGUACAGCAGGCAGCGCCGCCUUACAUGUCCAGCAGCAAACAUCAACAGGCGGCCGCCGCUCAGCUUAAUUCCUCGCCCCAGUAUCGUGCACCCUUUCCCCAGCUAUCUCCACAGAUGUCGCCACGUCCGCCGACCAUGUCGCCGCAUCCGCAGAUGUCGCCGCGACCAGUGGGCGUGUCGCCGGCAAAACCACCUCCCACACAACAGCAACAGACGCAGGCGCAGCAGCAGCAGCCUCAACAACAACAGCAGGUGGUUAACAACCAGCCCAGCCAGCAUAGCAUCCAAGGCAUGGUCGGACUACCCUCUCCCCGCCCUCAGCCACCAAGCAGCGGAGGAGGAGGAGUUGGUUCUGGGGGAGGAGGAGGAGGAGCGGUAUCGAAGGCAGUACCAGCUCCCGUAGCCCCCGUCAAUACCUUGCAGGCCCUAGAACAAAUGGUGAUGCCUUCGCAGGCUCAUGGAUUACCGCCAAUGGACUAUCCGUCCGCGUAUAGGAGCUCGGUGGUGGGUCCCAGGAUGCCAGCGUCGCCGCAACAGCAACAGCAUCACCAGCAGUGGGGCACGCAGCACAUGGCAGCCAUGCAACAACAGCAACAGGCGCAACAGCAGCAGCAGCAGCAACAGGCGCCACAGCAGCAACAGCAGGCGGCUAUGUUGCAGCAGCAACACCAUCAGCAACAACUAAGCAUGUACGGACAGGCGAUGGGACAGCAGCAACAACAACAGCAGCAGCAGCAACCACAGGCUGCGCAACAGCAACAGGUUGUGCCGCCAGUGGUGGCACCACCAGUAGUGCCAAACCCGCAGCAACAGCAGCAACAGCACCAGCAACAGCAACAAUCACUCAACGAUCAACUGCAGCAUUCCAUCAACGAUAUUGUUGGAGGCGGAGGAGGCGGCAACAGCAGUGGGCCACCGGUCAGCAGUCAAAAUCAACCUCAACUGGCGGCCAUGUCCUCCUCGCCGUUGCACCAGCAAAGUUUGCCCAGUAUGCAUCAUUUGAUACAGCCCAGCAUGGAGGCGGGCCAGUCGACGCAACAACAGGCAACGCAGCAAGCGCAGUCGAGUCUAACGUCGCCGCAUCAUCAGCAAAUGCAGCAUCAAUCGCCGAUACAUCAGCAGCAGCAGCAACAGCAACAGUCGCCGCACCACCAGCAACAUCUACCCAGCUACAAUCAGUCCCAGCCGCAACAGCAGCAGCAGCAGCAGCAGCAGUUUGAUCCGUUUGCAAACAUCUUGGGCGACAGUCAACAGCAGCAGCAACCGCCGGCAGCAACGACGCAACAGACAAUGUCGCCAGCUCAUGUCAGUUCGCCGAUUCCAACACAAAUGCAACAGCAGCAGCAACAGCAACAGGUGCCACAGCAGGCGCCGCCGCAACAAACCUCAACACCCUCGUCGCAUCACCUAAGCAGCAUUCUCAACGAAACGGCCAACUCGAACGAUUCCUCUACCUUGGCCGUGGCCGCCAAUGAUAGCAACAAUAGCAGCAGCAACAGCAGCACCAACAGCAUUGUCAACAAUCAGCCCACAUCGGUCCAUGACAGCAACUCGCAGAGCAGCAUCAACAGCAGCGGCAACAACAACCAGCAGCCCCAACAGCAGCAGCCGCAGCAACAACACCUGCUAAUGGACAACACAAAUUCCCACUCAGAUGUCGUCGGAGUGGAUGUCGGCGGUCUCUUUGAUAACAAUUCCAUGUCCUCGCAAUCGGCAACAGUGACGACUGCGGUGGCCAACAAUGUUGCAGCAGCCACGGCGGCUCUCUUGGACAGCAAUUCACAGUCGUCGAAUGCUGGUGAUUUUGAGAAGAAUCAGAGUGAAUCAGGAGGCGAAGGAUUAGCGGGCGUUCCUGCCAAUGAGUCUGAGAUGCCGAUGGAUGAGACCAGUGUCCCAAAGGCACAAGAUACCAGCAUGAGCCUGAGCACCGAGCUGCCAAGCGCUGUGCAGGAGGAUCUCGUGGAGAAGCCCAUUGCCGAGGAUAUGAUAGAACAAACGCAGUUGGGAGAGUUGACAACAGAGGAACCGCAAAAGAACCUUGAAGACUUACCGGAGGACAAGGUAGUGCCUACAUUGGAUCCCACAGCGCAGGCGCCGCCGCAGCAACAACAGCAGAUUCCUCCGCCCAUGGGAAUGCCAAUGCAUCCGAUGGCUCCGGGUUACGAUGCCCAGAGUGCUCCUCCUCCAGGUCACAUGCCGCCCAUGAUGCCACCAUAUGGAGCAGGAGUAGGCGGAGCACCGCCUGGCAGCAUGUAUCCGCCACCGUAUCCGAUGUUGCAUCAACAGGAGAUUGCAGCACUACAGCAACAGAUCCAGGAAUUGUACUGUAUGCCACCGGGCCAUGAGCACCAGCAUCAGGAGAAGCUGAUGCGGAUGCAGGAGCGCUUGAAUCUGCUGACGCAGCACGAGAUCAACGAUCAGUGUGCCGGCGGUGGCCCCCAGUGUUUGCUCUAUCAGAGCAUGCCGCCCAUGUACGGACCGCCGGGAAGCAACAAUCCGCUGCAUAACCAAAUGGUGGAGAGUCCCCAGGUCUCAAGCACCACCGGACGAGGCAGGGGGAAGGGAACGAAUAAACCAAGGAAGCCGCGCGCCAAAAAGGGCGACAAAGGCGGACAGGUGGCGGCGGCCGCAGCUGCCAAUCAGCAGCAGCUUCUGGACCAGCGCCAGGGAGAUCUUAUGGAUAUCAGUGGCAAUGUCGUGGACACUCCCAGUAUACCCACAACGCAGCUGCCCGUCUCCGAGGACUGUGUGACCCAGGGAGCCGGCGAUACCAGUGUCGUUGGCAUGCUGGAGUACAGCGAAGGCAUGGGAGAUCUCUCGCAGGAUGUCCAUUCCGCCAAUGAACUGGACACCUCCACCGAUGGCAGUGGUAAGAAGAAGAAGCCUCGCAAGCCGCGCACUCCCAAGGAUCCAAAUAAACCACCGCGGGAUAGGACGCCCAAGGCGAAGAAACCAAAGGAUCCGACUGAUCCGGAAACACCAGCACCUGCUCCCGCCCGAAAGAGGGCCAGUGUAAGCAAGCGAAGGAAGCAGUAUGGCGAAGAGGGAGCCGAGCAAACCGGUGAAGGCAGCGAAGUGGAGGACAACAAACCACUCGUGACCAAGGCUGGGUCCGCGGAUGGUGAAGCGGAAACCACAUCGGGCGGCGGCGGCGGAGUCGAUGGUGAGUCUCCGGACUAUGAUGACAUACCCGUAUCCAAGAUACCGCGAAGCGCCAACGACGAAGACAAAGAUGCCGGCGGCGAGGCGGGCGACGAGACUGUGGACUCUGUUCCGGAUUCCGCCGGCGAUGCAACCGGAACCACGCCUAGUAGGAGAGAUCGCAAAAGAUCAACGGCCAGGAGUAGUCGUCGCAAUGCCAAUUCCGAGGAAGGAGGAGGUAGUGCCCGUCGAAAUCGUGGUUCCCUCUCUGCGAAGGCACUCAAAAAGCGAAGGAAUAGGGGCAGGAUUGUGCCCGAAUCCGAUGGCGAAGAUGAUACCAUGGACAGGACACCGCCACCGUCACCGCCACCGGACUCUGAAUUGGAUUCGAACAAGCGACGAUCCUCGAGGAAUACGCAGCGAAAGAAGUACAUUGACGAUGUCAUGCUAAGGUUUUCCGACGACGACAACUCACUCCUGGUGGCUUCGCCGGUGAAGAAGGACAAGAAGUCCUCAGCUGCCGCUACAGCCGCCGCAAAUUCCAAUGCUGGCAGUGAUGUAGAGAAAGCGGAGGCUCAGUCUGGGGCCGAGGGAGAAGCGGCUGGCCAAGAAGCAGGUGCGGGCUCUGAGGACAAAUCCAAUCUUCCCUUGGACGAAAGCAGUCAACUGGAAGCCAGUUCGAGUUCGACAACGGCCGCAGCAGCUGCGGAAAAGGAGCGCCUCAACGCCACCGAUGCCGCCAAUGCAGCCAUGUCCUCCAAGCCCAAUUAUGUUUACAUCAACACUGGCGACGAGGACAGCAUGGUGGUGCAACUGGUUCUGGCAAUGCGAAUGGGUAAACGGGAACUUAUCCCGGAAAAACCCAAGGAGAAGACGCCCGAGCCGCAGCCCAAAAAAGAGGAGGAGGUGCAGGAGCAAGCGGAGAAAUCGGAAGCAGAAGCUUCAGCGGAGAAAGUCGAAGGCGAGGAAAAGCCUAAAACAGACGCUGAGGAUAAAGAAGCAUCCAAAGAAGAUUCAGAGACGAAGAAGUUGGAAAACGAGACCACGGAAAUGGCAGUGGACGGUGAAGAGUCUGAAGCAGAGAAGACGAUUGAAAAGUCUGAUGAGGCAGAAAUUGCCAGCGAGAACAAGGAUGCGGAUAACAAGAUGGACGUAGAUGAUGUAGCUGCUGAUGAAACCAAACCAGAAGCAGAGCAAUCCGAAACGGAGAAGCCUGAAGAAAAAUCCGAGAACAGCGAAGAUGAGAAAACCACCUCUUCGGAUGUAGAAACCGCAACGGAGGCCAAGGAAACGGAGGAGACCGAUGAUGGUGAGAAAAUGGAUGUGGAUGAGAGUGAGUCACCCACCAAGCCCAAAGAAGAGAGUACCAGUGGGGAUAAGACCUCAACCGACGAUGUGAAAACCGAAGAGAAAGACAACGAAAAUGAUAAGAAAUCUUCGGAAGCUGAAGAAAAGGAAAAUGAAGCAACGGCGGUCAAAAAGGAAGGAGAAGAGGAGUCCGAGAAGAAAGAAGGAGAUGAAGGAAACGAUGCUGAGGACAAGGAGAACAAACCCGAGCCUGUCUUCAUCGAUGUGGAAGAGUACUUUGUCAAGUAUCGCAACUUCAGUUACCUCCAUUGCGAGUGGCGGACCGAAGAGGAACUCCUCAAGGGAGAUCGCCGUGUGGCGGCCAAGAUUCGACGCUUCCAACAGAAGCAGUCACAGCAACUGAACAUCUUUGAGAAUAUCGAAGAGGAACCCUUCAAUCCUGACUUUACGGAAGUGGAUCGCGUGCUGGACAUGUCCGUGCACACGGAUGAGAACAGUGGCGAGACCACAAAGCACUACUUGGUCAAGUGGAAGUCUUUGCCCUACGAGGACUGCACCUGGGAGCUGGAGGAAGAUGUUGAUAAUGAUAAGAUUGAGCAGUAUUUGCGCUUCAACAAGAUCCCGCUGAGAUGCGAGUGGAAGAGCAAGAAGCGCCCGCAUCCAGAGCUUUGGAAGAAGCUGGAGAAGACUCCGGUGUACAAGGCAGGGAACAGCCUGAGACCUUACCAGCUGGAGGGCCUCAAUUGGUUAAAGUUCUCGUGGUAUAAUACCCAUAACUGCAUCCUGGCCGAUGAAAUGGGUCUGGGCAAGACCAUCCAGAGCUUGACAUUUGUCCACUCCGUUUAUGAGUAUGGAAUUAGGGGACCCUUCCUGGUCAUAGCACCCCUCUCCACGAUUCCCAACUGGCAGCGAGAGUUUGAGGGCUGGACGGAUAUGAAUGUGGUCGUCUAUCACGGGUCGGUGACCAGCAAACAAAUGAUUCAGGACUAUGAGUUUUACUACAAGACAGAUAGUGGCAAGGUCCUGAAGGAGCCCAUCAAGUUUAAUGUCCUGAUCACCACCUUCGAGAUGAUUGUCACGGACUACAUGGACCUGAAGGCCUUCAACUGGCGUCUGUGCGUCAUCGACGAAGCUCAUCGCUUGAAGAACCGCAACUGCAAGCUCCUCGAGGGGCUGCGCCAGUUGAAUUUGGAGCACAGGGUCCUGCUUUCUGGAACUCCACUGCAGAAUAAUAUUAGCGAGCUGUUCUCGCUGCUGAAUUUCCUGGAACCCUCACAGUUCUCCUCGCAGGAGGAGUUCAUGUCCGAGUUUGGUAACCUUCGCAAUGAGGAGGAAGUGAACAAGCUUCAGGCCCUGCUCAAGCCCAUGAUGCUGCGUCGCCUGAAGGACGAUGUCGAGAAGAGCUUGGCGCCCAAGGAGGAGACCAUUAUUGAAGUGGAACUCACGAACAUACAGAAGAAAUACUACCGCGGCAUUCUGGAACAGAACUUUAGCUUCCUAAAGAAGGGAACGACAUCCGCGAAUAUCCCCAAUCUGAUGAACACGAUGAUGGAGCUGCGCAAGUGCUGCAUUCAUCCGUACCUCUUGAACGGUGCCGAGGAGCAGAUUCAAUAUGAUUUCAAGUCCCAGCACGGCGAGGAUCCGGAGUCCUAUUACAAGAAUCUUAUCCUCUCGGCGGGUAAAAUGGUUUUAAUUGAUAAACUACUGCCCAAACUCAAAGCCAAUGGCCAUCGUGUGCUGAUCUUCAGUCAGAUGGUGCGAUGCCUGGACAUACUGGAGGACUACCUGGUGUACAGGAAGUAUCCAUUUGAGCGAAUCGAUGGACGGAUAAGAGGAAACCUGCGUCAGGAGGCCAUUGAUCGUUACUCCAAACCGGGUUCCGAUCGAUUUGUCUUUCUGCUCUGCACCAAGGCUGGUGGAUUGGGCAUUAAUUUGACAGCCGCUGAUACGGUCAUUAUCUACGAUUCCGAUUGGAAUCCGCAGAAUGAUUUGCAGGCUCAGGCCAGGUGUCAUCGUAUUGGACAGCGCAAGAUGGUGAAGAUCUACCGCCUGCUCUGCAGGAACACGUAUGAGCGUGAAAUGUUCGACAAGGCGUCGAUGAAGCUGGGCCUGGACAAGGCCGUACUGCAAUCGAUGAACACGCAGGGCUCAAAGGAUGGCAACAACAAGCAGCUGUCCAAGAAGGAGAUCGAGGAUCUGCUCAAGAAGGGCGCCUACGGUGCUGUCAUGGACGACGACAAUGCCGGCGAUAAGUUUUGCGAAGAGGACAUUGAUUCGAUUCUGAAGCGUCGUACCCAGGUCAUUACCAUGGAAUCGGAGAAGGGAUCGACCUUCUCGAAGGCUUCAUUUGCUGCCUCCGGCAAUCGAUCGGAUAUUACCAUCGAUGAUCCCGAUUUCUGGACCAAGUGGGCCAAAAAGGUAGAUAUUGAUCCCGAUGCCUGUGAGCGAGAUGAGACCGAGGAUUUGGUUCUCUCGGAGCCGAGGCGACGCACACAAAUCAAACGAUACGGUCAUGAGGAUGUGAUGGAGAUUAAUUCCGAGGAAUCUUCCAAUGAGAAUAGCGACGAAGAGGGAGGAAUUGGUCUUCGUUCACGUCGUCGCAAGGAGAAGAGAGAUCGCGCCCGGGAGAAGAAGGGCAACGAUGAGUACAUUCCACGUGAACGGGAUGCCUUGGCUGCCUUGGGACUGGAGGAGAUUCAGUAUGGUAACUGGGCCAAGUCCGAGUGCUUCAAAGUGGAGAAGGGACUGCUGUCCUUUGGUUGGGGACGAUGGUCGGAACUUCUGGAGCUGGGACAAUUCAAGCGCGGCUGGCGUGAUAUCGAUGUCGAGGACUGUGCUCGCAUUAUCCUCCUUUACUGCCUGCAAGUGUACAAGGGUGAUGAGAAGAUCAAGACGUUCAUUUGGGACUUGAUCACGCCAACGGAGGACGGAGAGGUGCAAAAGAUCAGCAGGGAUCAUAGUGGCCUACACAAUUUGGUGCCACGAGGACGCAAUGGCGGCAAGUCGAACAAGGAAACCACGGGCAGCUCCACACCAGCUCCAGGCACUGCGUCUGGCAGCAACAGUGGCAACACGACACCGGCUCACAAGUCUAGUGCCUUGGAUGGGUCCGACAAGGAUGGAGGCGGUGGAGUCAGUGCCAGUGCCGUGGCUGCGGCAGUCACCACCCCGACGAGCAUCCAUGAUCCUAAUCAUUGGAGCAAAAAGGAGAAGUACGAUGCGGAUGCGUACCUGGAGGGCGCCUAUAAGAAGCAUUUGGGCAGACACGCGAAUAAAGUCCUGCUGCGCGUGAGGAUGCUCUACUAUAUCCAGCACGAGGUUAUUGGCGAGUUUGUCCAGCAGAUCAAGGACAAUACGCCUAUCAGCGAGCUCCCCAUUCGCCCGCCGCCAACGCCAGAUCAAGUGCCAUCCUCAUGGUGGAAUCCCAUUUGUUGUGAUAAGAGUCUGUUGGUUGGAACCUACAAGCAUGGCUGUGAAAUGUAUCGUCAAAUGCGCGCCGAUCCCAAUCUGUGCUUUGUCACCCAUGUGGGCGCCGGUGCUGCCGGCGACGAUCUGGCUGUCACGAAUUUGCCGAUAAACGAAGACGAUGCAAAUUCGAAGCACGACGAUGGCGACGAGGUGGACGAUGAUGGCACCACCACGACCAAAGACUCGGACUCUGGCAAGCUGACCACCGGUGGCGGCGAUAGCAACAAGGACUCGCUGCUCCUCCUCGACCCGGAGCGGCCAAGUUCGUCGGGUAAGAGCGGCAGCGCCAACGGCAACAGCGACGGCAAUGACGCGAAAACGCUAACGAAGGCUAACCAGCUGGAAUGCGAAAAAGAAACCACAGCAAAUGCUUCCGAAUCCGAAUCCUCAUCCAAAUCCAAAGCCGAUCCCUUGCCGGGCCAUGGUAGCGAUAAUGUUGACAAUGCGGCAACGUUGGCCGCCCACCAGGAGGCAUCAGCAGCAACUCCUUCACCACAAUCGGCAGACGCAGAUCCGGAAACCAAGACCAAGACCAAGGCCGCGGCAGUCUCGACCUCGGCGUCGUCCAUUGAGAAAGCUGGAGAAGAUCUGGACUCGGCGGAGGCCAAGACUGCCGAUGGUGAAUCUGAGAACGAAUCGGAGAAAAAACUCGAAAAAGAUCAAGAAAAAGAAACACCGAGCGAAAUUGAAAUUGAUAACGAUAACGAAAAUGAAACCAAAAAGGAACCCAAGGAGUCAUCUGCUGCUGCUGCUCCUUCUGCUGGGGAAGCCGAAAACGAUGCCGCUGCCAUUGCCCGUGCCGAAGGCGAUCAAGCGGAAUCAUGCACUAACAAUGCUACCACAAACAUCACUACCACCACCACCACUACUACUACUACCAUUACCAAUACCAAUACCAAUAUCACCACCACCACCACAACCACCACCACCAAUAAUCCAUCAUCCAAAGUGGCUAACUCUAAUGCCCCCAACUCCACCACGAACGACCAUGCUAACUCCAACUCACAUUUAGGCCUGGACGAAGAGGAGAGCGUUGCCGGUAGCUAUCCACCAACCGUGGCAGCCGUCGAGGAUGCCACCACCAUGUGGCCAUCGAUGCAGGACCUGAACACUCGGCUCCGUCGUGUCAUCACCGCCUAUCAAAGGAAUUACAAGAAGGAGGAGCUUAAGCUGCAGCAAAAGGCCAAGCUCCAGGCACUGGUCUCAUCGACGCCACCGUUGUCGGUGCCCACCACACCCACCCUUCAGUCGAUGCAAAUGCAGUUGCAGAGCGGCUCCGGCAGCGGCAGCGUUGGCUCUGUCGGCUCCACUGUGGGGUCCUCGGAUCCCAGCGGCCGGAGCCUGCAGGCGCUGAUGCAGUCGCAGGGCGCCAGCACGUCCGCAGCAGCGGCAGCCGCUGCCGCAGCAGCCGGAGGAGGAGCACCCGGUGUUGGUGUUGGAUCCGGGCAGGCCCAGCAGCAAGUGGGCGGAACAGGCGGAUCGGGAACUAUGCCAGCCAUGCCCACUGCCGCCGACAUCAGCCUGAUGCUGAGCAUCCUCAACACGACCGACGUCAGCCAGCUGGCCAACUUGGACAUCAACAAGCUGGCCAUGUAUCUGGUCAGCAUGAACAAUAAAAUGGAGCGGCAGGGGAAGAUGGAGCUGGCGGCCAAGGAGCGAGAGUCCCAGCGCCUGCAGCUCAUUCCCAAAAAGUGGAACCGCCGCGAGGAGUACGAGUUCCUGCGCGUUCUCACUGGCUACGGCAUUGACUUGCAUCUAUCCACUAUGGGUGGUGUCUCUGGCGGCAGCAGUCCCGACUGGACCAAGUUCAAGCAGAUGGCUCACUUGGAGCGGAAGAGCGACGAGACCCUGACGGACUACUACAAGGUCUUUGUGGCCAUGUGCAAGCGCCAGGCGGGCAUGAAGCUCGCGGAAUCGGAGCGCGGCCUAGAGGGCAUCAUUGAGGAGAUUGAUAAAGAGCACGCCAAGCUCAUAUUAGAUCGUCUGGAACUGUUGGCCAAGCUCCGCGAGGUCGCACGUAAUCCCCACCUGGAGGAGCGCCUCAAACUGUGCACCAUGAAUGCGGAUACCCCCGAUUGGUGGGAAGCAGGACGGCACGAUAAGGAACUAAUCACAGCCGUUCUCAAGCACGGACUCUAUCGCUCCGAAACCUUCAUCUUCAACGAUCCGAACUUUAGUUUCGGCGAAUCGGAGAAGCGUUUCAUCCGGGAACUAGAGGCACAGAUCCAGAGAACCAUCAAGCUGGAGGCCUUCAAUGCUGAAAAGGCGGAGAAGCUGGCGGCAGCCGAGAAGGCGGCCGCCGCAGAGAAGGCAGCAGCAGCAGAGAAGGCUGCAGCAGCAGAGAAGGCAGCAGCAGUUAAGAACGAGGUGAUAGAUCUGGACGAUGAACUCAUGACCGAUGACAGUGUCAUCAAGAAGGAGGCUACCCCGGCCACUACUCCCCUAAAGGAUGAGGUUAAGGCAGAGGGAAGUCCUGAGAAAACGGAAACGGAAGAGCCGGAGAAGAAGUCGCAGGAGGAGAAUGAAGAGCCGGCAAAUAUAGAAACUGAAGCUGAAGACCAGGCGCCAGAAAAGAUCGUCAAGGACGAAGAGCAAGUCAAAGCCGAAGUCCCUGAGAAGGAUGGCGAAGCCGAAGCUGAAGCUGAUGCCGGGAAAUUGACGGUGCUGGCCGACCCUGAGGCUGAAAAGAAGAUUGAUUCAGAGGCCGAGGGAGAACCCAAGACCAGCGACGAUAAAAUGGAGGUUGACGAGGAUCAGCCAGCCAUAUCUGAAAAUGGUGAGGAGAAGGAAACCGAAGCCACCAAAGCCACCGUCAUCUCCCCUGAGAAACAGACCAAUGACACCGAUGAAAAUAAAUCUUUGGAAGACGAGAAGUCAGCAGAAGCUAUUCCCACUGAAAAAGAGACAUCUAAAAUGGAUGAUGACGAAGCAGCCACUAAAGUGGAAUCAGCUGAGAAAUCCGAGGAACCGGCGGAAAAGGAAGCCGAAGCAGACAAGGCUGCGACAAAGACUGACGAAGAGAAGCCAGAAGAAGAAUCUAAAGAGGAUUCCAAGGAGCCAGACUCAAAGGAGAAGGAGAAGGAGGAGAAACCUGAACCAGCAGCGCCAGAGGCCGUGACAGUUUCUCCCAAGAAAAAGCCAGCCAACGAUCAGGACAUCCUCGAUUUGGUGGCCGGACCCUCGGAUCCCGAUGACGAUGAGGUGAUGAAGGAGAAGGAGAAGGCCGUCGAAGAGGAGUGCAAGAAGCAAGCGGCUGAGCUCAAGGCCCGAUUCCCCGAUCUGGAGGUUAUUCAACCCGCGGCCGUGAAGCAACAGAAGCUGGAGAAGCCCAAGCUGGAGAUGUGCAUGAUUCGCUGGUUCAAGGACUUUGCCCUGGAACGCCGCAUUGCCCACAUUGUGGCCUGUGUGGAGGGUGGCAAGUGGCCCGUGGACAUCAAGUACAGUGCCUUUGCCAGCUGCAAGGGAGGCGUCACUGAUCUGAGUAUCGCCCUGCACGAGUCGAUUCCUCAUCUGAACAGCCUGGAGCGUCGGUCGACAACCCCCGAUGUGAUUACGAUCACCACGGACCAGGGAGUAACGAAGCAUCUGCAGGCUUCGCAGAUGCAACAGGUUGCCGCUAGUACGACAUCCUCCUCCACCGGCUCCCAGGUGACUAGCAGCCAGUCGAAGUCCACCCCCACUUUACCCGGCUUGGAUGCCAACAGCAUCAAUGCCGCAGUGGCCGCCGCCGUGGCAGCAGCAGCAGCCGGUGGCAAUGCCACCUCUUUGUCCUCCCUGCUGCCGGGCAUGUCGCUGAGUGCGGCAAGUGCCGCCUCAUCGGCCUCAUCAGCCGGCAUCGGCGGUGGCUUAAAUGUGCCCAAUGCCGGCGUUGGGUCUGGAGUGGGCAAGAAGCGGAAGCGACACAUUGCCAUUGAUGUGGAAACGGAAAGGGCCAAGCUGCACGCUUUGCUCAACAGUUCGACAAUGGCUCCCAAAGACUGGGAGAGUGAGAUUGCCAAUAUGGAGGCCUUGACUGGUGGUGGUUCCUCUGGCCGCGGACGGGGCGGAAGCUCAUCUUCGGCUGCCCUGAGUGGCAUGCAACCACCGCCCGCGCACCAACAUGCCUCGCUGUCUCGGCAAUCCUCGGGACAGUUUAGCAAGCCAGCUGUGCCGGCGCUUAAGACGCCGCCGCCGUCGAUGGGCGCACCCAUGGAUCUAUCCUCAAGCCUGCCCAAAAUGAACAUGACGGAGAUGCUUAAGUCGGCCUCCAGUGCCGGAGCCAUUGACUUGAGCGAGGUGCAGGACUUCUCUAUGCCCUCCAAGAAGUCCAGCGUGCAUGCCGCGCUAAGCUCUGCCUUCCCUUCGAUUGGUGGCAGCAAGAGCAAGCUGGAUGACACGCUCAAUAAGCUUAUGAAAAAGAACAAUUGUACCAUUGAGGAACCCGUGAUCGGCAAAGAGAAGAAGCGCAAGAAGCUAGACGAGAUUGUGCUGGGUUUGUCUGCUGCCAAGGAGCAAAAGACCUUCCCCGAUCCCUCGCUGCCAUCGUCAUCGUCGUCGUCGAAGAAGCCCCAGAUUCCGCCCAGCGUCUCGGUGACGCCUGCCAAUCUGCAAUCCUCUGCGAGUCAGCAACAAAUGAAUCAGAAACCAUUUACCAUCACUGUGACCACAGUGCCCGGAAAAUCAAAAAGCGGAACCAACGCCAGCGGAAGCUCAUCGGCCAGCGGGAGCAGCGGCGGCGGCAGCGGCCUGAGCGCCCUACAGAACAUGGCCAUGGGCGGUCUCUCCUCAAAAGACAGUCUGAACGCCCUACUGGCCCAGACCAUGGCCACCGAUCCGCAGACGUUCCUCAAGCAGCAACAGAAGAUGAUGCAAUUCCUGCCGCCCGCCCAGCGCAAGGCCUACGAGAAUAUGCUGGCCGAGAUGGAGCAGGCUAUGAAGCUCAGUCCCAAGUUCUCGUCCUCCGCCGCCGCCACCAACUCGCCGCACGACGUCAAAGUAAACAAGUGGCUGUCGGACAUGACCAGUCCCCUGGGCGACCAGCUCAGCAUUGAUUACGUUGGAGGCAGCGGUGGAGCAAGUGGUUCCAACAGUCGGCGCUCCAAUCGACAGCAGAGCAGCUCGAGUGCCUCGCAGAUGCAGAAGCAGCAACAACAGCAACAACAGCAGCAACAGCAGCAGCACUCGAUGGCCGCCGGCCCACAGAAUCUGACUGGCGAGGAACCGGUGCCCGUGAUCAACAAGCAGACGGGCAAGCGUUUGGGCGGCAACAAGGCGCCACAGCUCAAGCGACUCAUGCAAUGGCUCACGGAGAAUCCCAAUUAUGAGGUGGAUCCCAAGUGGUUGGAGCAGAUGCAGAAUCCCAUGUCGGCGCCAUCGCCCAAACCAACAUCCUCCUCCAUGGAUAGUAGCUACGGGUCGCCGGUGGUCAAGUCCCAUGGCGGCCGCCCAUCGUCAAACUCGAGUAACGCCUCCUCCUCGUCGCACACCCAACAGCAGCAGCAACAACAAUCUUCCGCCGCCGCUCAAUCACCGGCGGGAGGAGGAUCAUCGAAAAAGUCAUCACGGAACCAGCAAACGGCAGCUGCCGCGGCUCUGGAUCAGGCGGCCCUGCAAUUCGGCUCGCUGGCUGGCCUAAAUCCCAGCCUUUUGGCUAAUCUCCCGGGACUGGGCGCCUUUGAUCCCAAGAAUCCGCUGGCUGCCUUCGAUCCCAAGAAUCCGCUGCUGUCCAUGUCCUUUGGCGGCAUGCCGGGCAUGGGCAAUAUCCCGGGACUCGGUAACCUGAACAACAUGAACUUGUUUGCCAGUCUGGCGGGCAUGGGAGGAUUGGGUAACUUGGCUGGGAUGGACACCCAGUCGCUGGCUGCGCUCAUGGCUGCUGCCGGGCCAACUCUGGGCGGCUUGACGGGUUCAGCCGGCGGAGCGGGUUCCGGCAAGAGUCAGGGGCAGUCGUCGUCGGCGACCUCAUCCUCUUCAGCCAGCAAGAAAAAGCAACAACAGCAGCAACAGCAGCAGCAGCAGGCAGCGGCAGCGGCGGCGGCCCAGCAGCAGGCACAGAAUGAAGCUGCUCAACUGGCGGCGGCCAUAAGUGCCAGUAGCGGCGGUGGAUCAUCGGGAGGAGGCGGUAACGGCAGUGGCGGAGCUGGAGGCAAGAAUGCAGCGGCAUCUGCAUCGCAGCAACUGGCCGCCGGCUUUCCAUUCCUUUUCCCGAAUCCCUCGCUACUGUAUCCACCCAUGGGCCUAGGCGGACUCAAUCCGUACUCCCUGGGCUCCAGUGGUCUAGGAUCCGCCUACGACCAGCUGGCGCAGCAAUAUAACCUGCUAAACGGCGGAGCCACCUCGUCAGCCUCCAACACCAGCUCCACGCAGUCCAAGUCGCACCAAUCGCAGUCCUCCAAGUCGAGUCAGUCGCGGAAUGCCUCGGCCUCGGCCUCGGCUGCAGCCAGCCUCAUGAAUGCCAUGGCCAGUAUGGGAGGCGGCGGCGGCGCUAGCACAGUGACAACGCCCUCGUCCUCCUCCUCGGGUCGCGGCAGGCAAUCGUCUAGCAGCAGGAGCCAAGCGCAAACGACACCUACAGCGGCAGACAUGGCGCAGUUGAGUAGUCUGCUCAUGCCAGGAGCGGAUCCGCACUUGCUCGAGUCUCUCAGCCGGAUGAGCAACAUGGAUUUGGCACAGGCCACGCGCCUCAUGAGCUCCUUGGGCAUGCCACCGCUGCCGGGUACCGCGGGCGGCGCCUCCUCGAGCAGUGCCGCCAGCAGCGGCAGCAAGAGGGGCAGCAACAGCAGCCAGCAGCAGCAAAGUGAGGCCCAGGCCCAGGCCAAGGAGCAGCAAAAGUGGUUCGAGAGCCUCGCACGCGGCGCCCUGCCCACGGACUUGGCCGCCCUGCAGGCAUUCUCACAGGGCAAAAUGCCCUCGACAUCGUCCAGCUCCAAUACGGGAGGCUCAUCCUCAGCCUCCAGCAAGAACUCCAAGUCGUCGUCAUCAGCAUCGGCAGCUGCAGCUGCAGCAGCAGCGGCCGCUGCGGCGGCGGCAGCCCAACUCCCACAGAUACCAGGCAUGUCCAGUGACUUUUCGCAGGCCUUCCUAGCCGAAAUGGCCGCCCAGGCAAUGGCUGCAGCUGGAGGAUCCCUACCGCUGAGUGGUCCUGGAUCCCUGGCCAGUUUGGCGGGACUUACGGGAGGCUCGGCUGGAGGAUCAAGUGGAGGAGGAGGUUCGUCGGGCAGCAGCUCUUCGUCGAAGCGACAGCGAGAACAGGACGCCUUCAAGCAGCAAAUGGAUUACUAUACCAAGACUCUGGGGCUGGGAUCGGGCAUCUCGUUGAUACCAACCUCCUCAGCAUCGUCGUCCGGCUCCAGUUCGGCGAAUGCAGCGGCGGCUGCCUAUGCCGCCGCCUUGGAUGCCGAGCAACAGCACCAACAGCAGCAGAAGUCCAAGCGAUCGCGCAGUGAAAUGCAUCCGACGAAGGAGGAACUGGCCGCUGCGGCCAUGGCUGCAGGGUUGCCCCUGAACCUAGGAGCCAGCAUGAGCAGCAUCGAGAAGAGUCUGCGGGGCGGCAGUAGCUCCAGCAGUUCGACCCCGGCACCCAUGUCUGGGGGGACCCAACAAGAUAAGGUUACCCUGACACCGCUGAAUGCCUCUGGUGGAUCGGGCAGCUCCUCCGCAGCUGCCGGCUUGGCCGCCAAUCUUCCGAGUCAGACAACGAUAACCAUAGCGCCGCCAAUAAGCAGCGGAGCGAGCACCAGCAGUGAGCGUUCCGAGCGCUCCGAGUCGCGCAUCUCGCUGACCAUCACCAAUGCGGCGGAUGCGGCCAAACUGCCGCCACCCUACGAGGAGGCCGACGAACUGAUCAUACAACCCAUACUCAAGAAGCCAUCAGCGGCGGCGACUGCUCCUGCUCCAGGCAGCAGCCAUGGCGGCAGCGUCGAGGAUUUGGACACUGCGGGAGCCGGUACAGUGGCCAAUCUAAGCGGUUCCUCAACAAGUUCCGCGGCUGCCGCUGCAGCUGCCGCCGCCGCCGAAGAGAAUCGUCGUUCCUCGAAUCGGCUGAAGCGCCCGCGGUCUUCGGGCAACGAGCAGGGAGCAGCGGCACCUGGUUCAGCGGUGGAGGGACAACCGCCUGAGAAGCGACGCGAGCUGAGAUCAACUCGGCACACACGCUCCUCGGCGGAUGCCAGCACGCUAAAUCUAUCCGCUGGCAGCGAGUCAGGUGCCGAGGAACGGAAUGAAUGAGUAUUGCGCAGAUCUGAGCGCCAGCGCUAGCAGGAUGGGGCAGCGGCGCCUUCUCUGAGACAUGGAGGAGGAGCCACUACUGGACGACAACAAACGAAGCAAAGAAUCAAGGAAAAUAACAAGAAACACAAAGAAAAGAAGUUGAAGGAAGGAAAUGAAAAGAUGAAGAUGAUGAUAAAAAUGCAAACGCGGUCGAGGCGAAACUGUUACCACUAGGAGUUUGGACCCUUAAGCUUAAAGUUGUGUAAAGUCUAAGGAUGCAUGAUAUAUAAACUAAACUAUAUAUAUAGAUAGAGAGGGCGAGGACAGAGGAGGAGGGAGAACUUGUGGACUGGUCAGCGAGCGCACGCCCACUAUCUCCUUCUGCUGGGCUCGGACACCUGCUGCAACAACCGUCUGGCCCCGUGGAAGGCAGGAAAGGGGCUGUGUCCGUUAUCACGUUAUCACGUACAAUCGAUCACGAUCUGGGUUUACGAGUUCCAGAACUGCUGCUUAAAAUCUGGAGCUCGAUUCCAAAUCAAUCGUUUUCCCUGCCUCUGAAGAAUAUAUUUAUACAAUUACGAAAAAUAAUUUAAAGAAAGCGCUUAUAAUUUAAUUGUAACAGAGAGUAAUUGAGAAAAGGAUGGCUGCUGCAUCCGGCUUAAUCGUUUAAAUUAUUGCAACCACAAGAAAUGUUUUAAUAAUAGAGACACGGAAGAUACUAAUUGGGUUUCCUCAAACACACACACACAAGCAACGUCUCUAUAUAUAUAUACGAUACCUGUACAUAAUUUAUAUAAUCUUUAUAAAUGGCUCUCGCAUUGCUUAACCGUUUUAAUAUACACUUAAACAUAUUGUAAGGCAGGCACACACACAUUAUGUAUUCUCUCAUAACCUCCUCACUAUGUUGUAUUUACUCUCUCUGUCCUGUCUCUGUGUGUCCCCCUGAGAAAACUGCGUGUAAUUUGUAUAAUUUUUAAUUUUGUAAUUAGUGAAAAGUGUCCAGUUUUGUCUAAUUGUAUGUGUUUUUUAAAUCAGAAGACCCCUUAUACAAAAGCAGACACACACUUAAGCGACAAAUAUAUAUAUAACUUUUUAAUUAAAUCAA